GGAUUGGAUUUUGUGCUUCUGCAGCCACAAAAUGUCCCCAUCAUCUUACUCCCGAAUUAUUAAUGCCUUUUGUGGGAGUCGACAAGUUAAAGAUGAAGCCCAGUGCAGAGUGCUGUUCUCCCAAGUUCUGGUUGGUGUUGGCUGUCCUGGUCGUGUCAGGCAGCAGAGCCCGUUCUCAGAAGAGCCCCCCGAGCAUUGGCAUCGCUGUCAUCCUCGUGGGCACUUCAGACGAGGUAGCCAUCAAAGAUGCCCACGAGAAAGAUGAUUUCCACCAUCUCUCCGUGGUGCCCCGAGUGGAGCUGGUAGCCAUGAAUGAGACCGACCCAAAGAGCAUCAUCACCCGCAUCUGUGAUCUCAUGUCUGACCGGAAGAUCCAGGGUGUGGUCUUUGCUGAUGACACAGACCAGGAAGCCAUCGCCCAGAUCCUCGAUUUCAUCUCCGCUCAGACUCUCACCCCUAUCCUGGGCAUCCACGGGGGCUCCUCCAUGAUAAUGGCAGAUAAGGACGAAUCCUCUAUGUUCUUCCAGUUUGGCCCAUCAAUUGAACAGCAAGCUUCUGUAAUGCUCAACAUCAUGGAAGAAUAUGACUGGUACAUCUUUUCCAUCGUCACCACCUACUUCCCUGGCUACCAGGACUUCGUGAACAAGAUCCGCAGUACCAUUGAGAACAGCUUUGUGGGCUGGGAGCUAGAGGAAGUCCUGUUACUGGACAUGUCUCUGGAUGAUGGAGAUUCUAAGAUCCAAAACCAGCUCAAGAAACUUCAGAGCCCCAUCAUUCUCCUUUAUUGUACUAAGGAAGAAGCCACCUACAUCUUUGAAGUGGCUAACUCAGUAGGGCUGACCGGCUACGGCUACACAUGGAUUGUGCCUAGUCUGGUGGCAGGCGACACAGACACGGUGCCCGCAGAGUUCCCUACUGGGCUCAUCUCUGUAUCAUACGAUGAAUGGGACUAUGGCCUGCCUGCCAGAGUGCGAGACGGGAUUGCCAUCAUCACCACCGCUGCUUCCGACAUGCUGUCCGAACACAGCUUCAUCCCUGAGCCCAAGAGCAGCUGCUAUAACACCCACGAGAAGAGAAUCUACCAGUCAAACAUGCUCAAUAGGUAUCUGAUCAAUGUCACUUUUGAGGGGAGAAAUCUGUCCUUCAGUGAAGAUGGCUACCAGAUGCACCCGAAACUGGUGAUAAUACUUCUGAACAAGGAGAGGAAGUGGGAGAGGGUAGGGAAGUGGAAAGACAAGUCCCUGCAGAUGAAGUACUACGUGUGGCCCCGAAUGUCUCCUGAGACGGAGGAGCAAGAGGAUGACCACCUGAGCAUCGUGACCCUGGAGGAAGCGCCGUUUGUCAUUGUGGAAAGUGUGGACCCUCUGAGUGGAACCUGCAUGAGAAACACGGUUCCCUGCCAAAAGCGCAUCAUCUCUGAGAAUAAAACAGAUGAGGAGCCAGGCUACAUCAAAAAAUGCUGCAAGGGAUUCUGUAUAGACAUCCUUAAGAAAAUUUCUAAAUCUGUGAAGUUCACCUAUGACCUUUACCUGGUGACCAAUGGCAAACACGGGAAGAAGAUCAACGGGACGUGGAAUGGUAUGAUUGGAGAGGUGGUCAUGAAGAGGGCCUACAUGGCGGUGGGAUCACUCACCAUCAAUGAGGAGCGGUCGGAGGUGGUGGACUUCUCUGUACCCUUCAUAGAGACUGGCAUCAGUGUCAUGGUGUCACGAAGCAAUGGGACUGUCUCACCUUCUGCCUUCUUAGAGCCAUUCAGUGCUGACGUAUGGGUCAUGAUGUUUGUGAUGCUGCUCAUCGUCUCAGCCGUGGCUGUCUUUGUCUUUGAAUACUUCAGCCCUGUGGGUUAUAACAGGUGCCUCGCUGAUGGCAGAGAGCCGGGCGGCCCAUCUUUCACCAUCGGCAAAGCUAUUUGGUUACUCUGGGGUCUGGUGUUUAACAACUCCGUACCUGUGCAGAACCCAAAGGGGACCACGUCCAAGAUCAUGGUGUCGGUGUGGGCCUUCUUUGCUGUCAUUUUCCUGGCCAGCUACACUGCCAACUUAGCUGCCUUCAUGAUCCAAGAAGAGUAUGUGGACCAGGUUUCUGGCCUGAGUGACAAAAAGUUCCAGAGGCCUAAUGACUUCUCCCCCCCUUUUCGCUUUGGGACUGUGCCCAAUGGUAGCACAGAGAGGAACAUUCGCAAUAACUACGCAGAAAUGCACGCCUACAUGGGAAAGUUCAACCAGAGGGGUGUAGAUGAUGCAUUGCUCUCCCUGAAAACAGGGAAACUGGAUGCCUUCAUCUACGAUGCCGCAGUGCUGAAUUACAUGGCGGGCAGAGAUGAAGGCUGCAAGCUGGUGACCAUUGGCAGCGGCAAGGUCUUUGCUUCCACUGGUUAUGGCAUUGCCAUCCAGAAAGACUCUGGGUGGAAGCGCCAGGUGGACCUUGCCAUCCUGCAGCUGUUUGGAGAUGGUGAGAUGGAAGAACUGGAAGCUCUCUGGCUCACUGGCAUUUGCCACAAUGAGAAGAACGAGGUCAUGAGCAGCCAGCUGGACAUCGACAACAUGGCAGGCGUCUUCUACAUGUUGGGGGCAGCCAUGGCUCUCAGCCUUAUCACCUUCAUCUGUGAACACCUUUUCUAUUGGCAAUUCCGGCAUUGCUUUAUGGGGGUCUGUUCUGGCAAGCCUGGCAUGGUCUUCUCCAUCAGCAGAGGCAUCUACAGCUGUAUCCACGGCGUGGCUAUCGAGGAGCGCCAGUCCGCGAUGAACUCGCCCACCGCGACCAUGAACAACACGCACUCCAACAUCCUGCGCCUGCUCCGCACCGCCAAGAACAUGGCCAACCUGUCGGGCGUGAACGGCUCGCCGCAGAGCGCCCUGGACUUCAUCCGCCGCGAGUCCUCGGUCUACGACAUCUCCGAGCACCGCCGCAGCUUCACGCACUCGGACUGCAAGUCCUACAACAAUCCGCCGUGCGAGGAGAACCUGUUCAGCGACUACAUCAGCGAGGUGGAGCGAACCUUCGGGAACCUGCAGCUGAAGGACAGCAACGUGUACCAAGACCACUACCACCACCACCACCGGCCGCACAGCAUCGGCAGCACCAGCUCCAUCGACGGCCUUUACGACUGCGACAACCCACCCUUCCCCGGCCAGCCCAGGCCCAUCGGCAAGAAGCCACUGGACAUCGGCCUGCCCGCCUCCAAACACAGCCAGCUCAGUGACUUGUACGGCAAGUUCUCCUUCAAGAGUGACCGCUACGGCGGCCACGACGACCUGAUCCGCUCGGACGUGUCCGACAUCUCCACGCACACAGUCACCUACGGCAACAUCGAGGGCAACGCGGCCAAGCGGCGCAAGCAGCAGUACAAGGACAGCCUGAAGAAGCGGCCGUGGGAGGACCGGGCCGGGAGCAACUUCUGCCGCAGCUGUCCCUCCAAGCUGCACAACUACUCCGCGUCGGUGGCGGGGCAGAACUCGGGCCGGCAGGCGUGCAUCCGGUGCGAGGCCUGCAAGAAGGCAGGCAACCUGUACGACAUCAGCGAGGACAACUCCCUGCAGGAGCUGGACCAGCCGGCGGCCCCGGUGACCAUGACGCCCAACGCCCCCAGCGCCAAGUACCCCCAGAGCCCGACCAACUCCAAGGCCCAGAAGAAGAAUCGCAACAAGCUGCGCCGGCAGCACUCCUACGACACCUUCGUGGACCUGCAGAAGGAGGAAGCCGCCUUGGCCCCACGCAGCGUGAGCCUGAAGGACAAGGGUCGCUUCAUGGAUGGGAGCCCCUACGCCCACAUGUUUGAGAUGCCAGCCGCUGAGAGCGCCUUUGCCGACAACAAGUCCUCAGUGCCCACUGCCGGACACCACCACCACAACAACCCGGGCGGAGGCUACAUGCUCAGCAAGUCGCUCUACCCUGACCGGGUCACGCAAAACCCUUUCAUCCCCACUUUUGGGGACGACCAGUGCUUGCUCCAUGGCAGCAAAUCCUACUUCUUCAGGCAGCCCACCGUGGCAGGUGCGUCGAAAGCCAGGCCGGACUUCCGGGCCCUUGUCACCAACAAGCCGGUGGUCUCGGCCCUGCACGGGGCUGUGCCAGGCCGUUUCCAGAAGGACAUCUGUAUAGGGAACCAGUCCAACCCCUGUGUGCCUAACAACAAAAACCCCAGGGCUUUCAAUGGCUCCAGCAAUGGGCAUGUUUAUGAAAAACUUUCUAGUAUUGAGUCCGACGUCUGAGUGAGGAAAGAGAGAGGUCAAGGUGGGCGCGGGAGGGGUAGGGCUGUGGGUCCUGUGGUGCGCUUGUCACAGCCGGGUCAGGGAUGAACUUGGUUCCCACUUGCUCCUUUCUUCUUCUUUUACUUUAUUUAUGGGAUCCUGGAGUUCUGGUUCCUGUUGAAGGCAACCCUGGUGACCGGCACCAUCUCUCUUCCCUUUUGCAGUCCUCCCUUCCUCCCCGCAUCUGUCUGCCAUUUCUGGUCCCUUGCGAGAGGAUGAAGCAGGCCCUUGGCACAGGAGGGUGGAGAGGAGAAAGGACACACUCCGCGUAAGAGCGUGUCUUCCUAGCACAGAGGAGCUCUUUGGCAUGCACUUUGAGUGAGGCCAGGAAGAGCACAAGGCGGGCGCUUGAGCACAAGAGUAGCUUUCCCCAAACUGAUCUUUGCAUUUAGGCAGGGAAGCAAAAGCAUCCAAGUGGUACCAGUCAACAUCCAGCUUGUGAGUGAAAAGAGCCUUCUGCUAAGGUCUUUUUGCAUGGAUGACAUUUGCCGAGGCUCCUGUGCCCAGGCCGUGCAUGUUUCUAUAUAAGCCAAAGGAAGAGGUGUUUGCUGCAGCUCCAUGUGACUCAUAGUGGGGAACUGGAGUGAAAGGCCACUGGUGGAUGAGUGGGUCCCUAAGCAGACCGGAAAGUUCAUUAUGAUGGAGUUCCACAGUGUGUUGGGAGCCAGGGCAGGGGUCUUGUGUGGGCAUGUAAGUCCGGGUACGCUUGGGUGCCUCUAAAUGCAUACCUUGACUCCUUUUUCUCCCUAUUCCUGUGUAAUGUACUUGUUUUGGCUUAUAUACAAACAGAGACAGUCGUAUUACCUGGAUGUUGGCUGUCUUUCCCUUCCACCUUCCUGAAUUAGGAGAAUGGAAGUUCUUGACAAAGCUAAUGUGUUGGAGACCAAAAAAAAAAAAAGAAAGAAAGAAAGAAAGGAGAGAGAGAGAAAAAUGAGACAAUCCUACAGAAGCAAAGUACAACAAUUAUUUCUCAGUGAUUACCAGUGGUUUCAACCAGUUUAGGCCAAGAACUUUCCAGGAGGGCAAUAGGGAAAUAGAAGCAGCCAUAACUCUUUUGCCCAUACUUGAAAGCAAAAGAUUCUAUGAAAUUCUUUGAGCUUUUAGACCCCUGACAGGCCAAGGUUGGGGGAAUAGCUUGGUAAGACUUUAAAGAAGAGGGGAGUCCUGUGUGGUAGGGUAAGUGAGAGAGGGGGAUGUUUUCAGUGCUUUGAUCCCUUCUUACUUAACCUGGAGCUGGAAAACCAGGCCUCUUCUGCCUGAAGUGAUGAUGACAGAUAAGGGGAAACAGAUAGUAAGAGAAGCAAAGCCCCUGGAGCACAGCUCAGGAAGCCUGGAGAGAAGGGAAGAGACGUAAAGUGGGAAAGGGCCCACAGGAGACAUUCUCCCACCAUCUCCCUGGGCACGGCUCCCCAGAAGUGUGGCUGGAGCCCAGUGUGAGCACUCUUGGUAGAUGCCCUUCCACCCUCCUGUAACACCUCAGUUUCCUCUCACACUGUACCAUUCAAAAGUAAAUAUAUUUGUGUGCGUGUGUGCGUGCGUGUGUGCACAUGAAAGUCCAGGGACGAGGGUACAAGCAGACAUGUGCCCCCUUCACUUCAAGUUGGAAAAUUGGGAAGGGAAAGGAGUAUCUGUCACUACUGGUCCUCUAACUUGGGUAGGGGUGUGCUCUGGGUCUGUCCCACUGUCCUGCCAUCCUCCCCUCACUCAGGGUGGCAUCCAAAGAGCCCUGGGUCUGUCUGGAAGCUUGACCAAAGGAUCUGCCUUGUUGUGCACAGGACACAUAGACCAGAAAGGUGCUCACCCUCCUCUGGAAGAAAGCCACCAUGUCUCUUCACGUCCUCACUCCAAGGCUGCUCUUUGCCUUCCCGUCUGCCAUGCCUCGAGACCCUUCCUCAUUCCCUGCCCUUGACUGCUGUCCCCUCCCCACCUCCUUGAGUUUACCUCAGUAUCUUUCAUUUUAAAGCCAACUGAAGGCCUUGUAAAGCUGUUUUCUUUCUAAAACAAACGUGGGGGCAAGGGGCUGAACCUCUCACAGGUUUGGAGAGAGGAGCACGGAGUGCUUUACCUUAGAUUCAAGGAAAGACUUUGAGAGAGAGGAUGGAGGGUGUGAGGUGUCUCCAGGAGGAAGAAGGAGAAGGGCCAUAGGAACAUUGCUUCACCCUGGCUCUGCCCAAGAGCCAGGAGCACAUCCCCUCACUCUUCCUCUUACCUCACCCCUUAAAAUUAAAAAACAAUAAAUAAAUAAGCCAACUAACCUAGCGAACAGCAAUCUAGAACACAGGGGGCUCUGGUGGUCUCCACUGGUGACCGAAAUCAAGAUGGUGUUUAUUUCAUAUGUAAAUAUUUUGUUUUCUAAUUAAUUUUGUAUAGAUAAAGUGUUCUCUUGUGAGUAUUCAGGGUGUUGGGCUGGAGGGAGUGGGGUGGGGAUGGGAAUGAGGGGGAAAGUGUUUUGUUAUGGUUUUCCAUUUUCCCUUGGGGGAAUUGUUUUGUGUGGCUUUUGCUUCGGGUGUCUGGAGAAAGUGAAUGUGAAUGCAGGUUACUAUGGUGGAAAAGCCAGGGAAAAGUAAUUUGGGUCCACGCCCUUCCCCUCCUCCAGAACCAUUCUUCUUACUGGUGUCUGAGAAAUGUUCACCCACUGGGACCUGGGGUUUGCCAGGAUUAGUUUGUCUCUAAUAAAGCCAUGGUCUGACUCCUGUCUUCUGCAAAGACCAUAGGGGACCCACACUCUACAGAAGACGGGCUGGUGACACCAGAUUUUCCCUGUCAGUACCUAAGGUAGCAAAGGUUCCUGAAAGGGCUUAAAACAGAACUGAGGUCAAACGAACUUUCCCCUCCUUGUUGUGGCUUCUCAGAAAGCUCAUUGCUGAGGAAUCCCUGACAUUUAGUGACCAUCUCACUGCUCUGACCCUUUUCUUCUUAAUCUCCCCCAUCCCACCCAUAAAAAUCAGCUGUGCAAGUGCACUCCGAAAAUGUCCACUAACUCGGCUUUUUGAAGCAUAUGGUAAAAUCUGGUUACAAAGAGAAGGUGUGGAUAUGGAUCUUUCAGAUUCACACACUUUUCUAGAAGAAAUUGCCAGACUGCUUAAAUUACUUGACUAGGCAAUUCCCUUAGAAACACUGCUGAAGUUAAUUUUGGACGUAGAAGGAUGGGAAUGUGAGGGAUAGUGAUGAUGCUUACUUUAUCUUUGCCUUGUUCUCACUGCUGCCAUCAGGAAGGUGCUAUUUGCUUCAAGUCAGGUGUCCAUAACCUGAUCUUGGGUAAACCAGACAAAUAGAAUUUCCUUCAUGGGACUGUUGGCUUUCUGGGAGGUGGAAGACUCUCCCUCCCUCUCUUUACCAUGGGAUGAAAUUCCCAAAUCCACAUGCCUAGCAUAUUGCAUUUGUUCUUAUCCUCCUAUCAAGAGAAGCUAUCAUCUGGGUAAUUUCAUUUUUCUGAGCCCACUGUUCGGCCCACUUGACCACUCUCCUUCAACUGGAUGUUUAAAUUGAGACCAAGUAAAACAUUCAUGGCCUGCUCAAGAGAGUUUAAGGAAAGGAAAGCUGAGCAUUGUCAAGUUGUAGACAUUACUUAAUCCAGAGUAAGAAGCCAGUAAAAUGCAUGAGAAGGAGUUCAGCAGUAAGCCCCAAGUAUAUCACUGAUGCAAGUGGACCAAGGCCCAAACCAUUGAAAACUGUGAGAUUCUGUAGAUGCCCUCAGGAGCACCUGGUGUUCCCAUGUUCUUCAGAAUCCUGCUUUCUCUCGUGUGCUCUUCAUCCUACCCUUCCAUGGCGGAAGUGGGUCGGUGGGUGUGGCCCUGCAUCUCUCCUUUCAGUGGCAUUGCUGAAAUCUCAGCAUUUCCAUCAACCUCAAUAAUCUGACUCUUGAAUUUGCCUGAAUCAAGAAUGUGCAUAUCCUUCAGAGUGACCCAUGUGCAGUGGGCUUUGUUAUUUCCAAAGUUGUCACUGUGAGUCCUCAGCCAGAUCUUGGGAAGCAUCCUUACAAUGCAUUCCCCUGUCCUGGCCAUAGCCAUGUUGUGAUUUGGGGGAUUCCAUUAAAUGUUGGUGGUGUCAGUAGUGCCAAAAUGCAUGUGGAAUGUUAUAAAAUAGGAGUUGUCUAUACAGUUAAGUGAAUGUCACCCACUCCAUCCUUCAUGGCCAUCAGGAGAUGCCCAAGGGAGAAUUCUCUGCAGAGUGCUGGUCACUUGCACCUCUCACUUAAGAAAUAGGAUUACUUUGCUUUUGGCUUUCUGUUUGUUUUUUUAAAUAAAUAAAUAUAAGAUUUAGGGGCAAAAUAACCAGAUUGUUUGGGUAAUAGUUUUUGGAAAAGCUAUUCCUGAACUCACUUUAUUUUUUUAAUCACUGUCUCUAAAAAGGCCCUGUCCCUGCUUGACACACUGUGUGUGUUGUUUGGGUAUGUUAGGAAUGACUCAGAUGUGUGCAUAAAUAAUGUGGCUACAGUGCCAUUGAUGAAUGCAUUAGGCAUUUCCAGUAUUGUGAUCACACCUUAUGUGCUCUCCGAGCCCAAAGCCAUAUAGGAAAUGUGCGUUCAGUGGGCUGCUAACCAUUAUGUUUGAGCCUUUGCUCUCCUCACUUGACUAUCAGAGUUUCUUCUUCCUGUCUGAGAUGGACAGUCAUCAUGUAGCACUUCUGGCCUUACAUGGUAUAUGCUCCAAGACAUGACGUCUGGGUCCUAUAAUGGCUUUCAAACUGCUAGCUUCCCACACAGAUUGGUUGCUGUAGCACGGAGCUUGUCAUCUGUCAUUGAAAUGAAAGCAAUGCCAGGAAAAGUAACAUACUAAGCCAUAUUAGGGAUUUAUACAUUUAAACACCUAAUGUACAUUAGGAUUCUCAUUCCUUUUCCUGGGAAUAGGCUGUGAUACAAGAAAGGGAGAACAGAACACAGAGUAACAGAGCAGGGAGCAAGAAUACAGGUUCCAGAGGUGAAGACAUAUAAAUCACAUUUUGUCUCCACCUGUUUUUAUUUAGGGUCCAUGUGACAGUGGAAUAAGACUUUUACUUGGGAAUUAUUUUCAAUACACAGUCACACAGAGUGACAUUUAUAGAUUUCUAAAUUCAACACCUUGACGGGCAAGUUAAGGACUGUGACUUUACAAUGCUUCUCCUUCAUAACAGGACACUAAGGAAGCAGCUAGAAGAUCAAACUAUAAAGUAUAACAAAAGUUAAUUAUGCUAUCUGUUCCCUGCCCUGAUUCAGUUAUCUUCCCAUUAGCCUAGUUGCUCUCUAUUCUGUACGUCCCCUCCUCCAAACUGGUUGCCCAUACACACUGUAAAGGAGCCUUUUGACUACCAGGUGCUACUUAACCUGUGAGGAAAGUUUUUAGGUCUAUCAGAUGUUUGGGCCCAUAUUAAAAUGCAAACAAGUUAGUCUGCGAACUUCUAACAUUGAUCUAAAUCUAGGAUUUCAUUCUAGUGUGGGAUAUUUAUUAUUAUAUAAAAUCACAGGAUGUCUGAAUAUAUCCCACCUUCACCCCAUUUCAACCUCAUCCGUUUGAUCACACAGGGACCCUGUGCAUUCUGUGACUUAUAAUAUGUCCCUAUGUAUACCCCUGACAAAGCCCCCUGCCAAAAACAAAUUCCUUAAAUGAAAGUCACUGUUAUUUCUGUGCCUUGGAGAGACUGGUGAAAUUUAGGGCCUCUAGUUUACAAUAGUGAAGCACAGAAAAGGAAUUUUUCUCAGAGAGUGAUAACUUAGAAGUAACUCGGGGAAAGUGGGAAAAGUCAGCAAUCUUCCACAUCUCUCUGCCACUGUGCCCCUGUGUGUACAUGUCAGAGCCUGUCACAGGGAGGGCCAGCACUGCUCUGUGCUUCAAAAUGUAAUAAUCGCUGGUGUGAUGAUGAGGGCAAAGGCUCCUGAUGAGAACUGGAGGUGGGAAGUAGACUGGAUGCGAAGAAUUCCUUAUAGCCCCAGGACUCUACUGUGUCGCAUCUGUUUCGGCAAAGGUGAAAUGGAAGUCAGUGCAAGAAUUAAGGGUACAAUUAAGAAGCACAACACGAGGACCGUCAUCCUAAAUAUUUAGUUUCCAUGCUUUAAACUUGAACUACUUUCAUCUGUCAUUAUUUUAAUGUUGUGAUUUAGGAGAUGGAGCAGAAUCCAGUACUAUGCAGGGGGGGAACAAAGCAAAAACCUCUGGUGAAAUAUGUUAGUUCAAUUAAAUCAAUGACUACUGAGUACAAACUGUGUCCCUGGGCUAGUACUGGGAAGGAUAUAAAAGGUUUUAAAUAGAAUAUAUUAUGCUCACAUAGAAUAUAUGAAUGCAUAAGCAUAAAAUAUUUCAAUGUAUAUAAUAUUUGUGUGUCCACUAAAGAUUACACAUUCAGGUUUAAUAUUUUCUGGUUUCAGGGUAUGAAUCAAAGAUAUUCAUUAUGUUAUUUAAAAAAAAAAAAAACACUACAGAGGUUCAGCUGUCUACAUCACAGCCAAGUCUAGGCCUCUUCUUUGGGAAUUACUACACCUCCCAAAGCUGAAACUCUGAAAUUCCCUCCUGAAGGGCUUGGAGUUUUUCCAUCUUAUCUCCCUUCUUUCAUGAUCCUCUUUGGUCAAACCGUAGAUCAUCUAGCUUCGUUGACUUCCCUCUUUGGUCACAGGAAGACACAAGUGGCCUUGUGUUCCCCUGUGGCAUCAGUUCUCUUGCCAGAAAUCUCUUCUUCUGCACUCUCACCACACUAUUUUGCUAUUCAAUGCUAUUUCCUCACCCCCAUCAUCCACUACAUCUCCAAGAGCAGCACAAAUUCAAUUCGUUUAAUCUCACCUGCACCCCACCCGCCUUGGACAUCUGUUUUAUUUCUGCUAUAUUGACUACCUGUCACAGUCUCUGUUUGUUAAAUUUGAUUUUCCCUUUCUUUUUUUUUUCCAAUAGGCAAUCUUUUCUCCUAUGUUACCAAGACGAAGCAUCCCGUUUUGAAUUCUCACAUAACCUCUCUUCUCUGCCUUUCAGUGUCUCUUGUCCUUCUCUCAUCUGUCUAUUUCCUUUCCCACUCAGUGUUCCCCUUCCCUGUGCUCUAAAGCUACCUUCUGACCUCGCUGAAGUGGUCUCCAUCCUUCCAAUAGUACCUCUCUAUGUUGCAUCUUUAAUGCCUUGCACACACCUACCUGCAACUGUCUCAAAAAUCAAAUCCUACAAAUAUCUCUAAGGACAAAUCUCUCAGCUCAGUUAGACUCUUGAAUUUCUGUCCUAUCUCUAUUUUCUCUGCACUUCAAAACUUUUACUUUCUAUCUUCAUCACCUAGUUCUCCUGGCUUUUAUAACAGGGUUGCAACCUGGAAUGUCUGGAAACAUUCCAAUGAGCUUCUCUUUACCAAGUCCAAUAACUUGGUUUUUUAUUUACCCUUAUCUUUAUCCUCAGUGACAUGGUUUAGCCUGAUCAUUGUAAGACAGUGCAUUCCAGUCAUCUUAUCUCUCUCAUCCUCUCUGACCUCACUGCACCCUGCUUUUCCUCAGCAUUCACUUGCUCUGGUGACCGUGACCCUCUCUACCUUAUCUGCAAACAAGCUUCUUGUCUUGCACAACAUUAUUAAUUCAGAAUGAAAAUUAAUUUUAAAUCUUUACUCAUAGAUACUGUGUGCAGUUCAGUUUGGAGCACACACUUCCGGUCACCUCAUUUCAUAUUGACUCAAAUAUCCAAAACUAUCUCUGCAAGACAACAUAAUAAUCAAGUUCCCCUUUUGGUUAACGGGACCACCAUUCCUCUGUCACCAAACUGAAGCUUCACCACAUACCUGUGCCUCCUCCAUUUCUCUCCUCCUGCACAUAUAAUUAUUUGGAAAGGUCUGCUAAUUCUUAUCCCUAAAGUUUUACAGAUCCUUUUCAUUCAGUCUCUUCUCUCUAGUCAGGAUUAUUGCAAUGUGUUAUAGCAUGCUUCCAAGAAUUUAUAUCUGAGUCUAUUCUUUCCAGUUUUCAUUUUCCAAAUAUAAAUCAAAUUGUGUCAUCCUUCAACUCAAAAAGUAAUCUUUAAUGGGCUUCACUUGCCACAUUCUUCCAUCAAGCAUUACUUCUUGUAACUUGCCCUGUGUGUGUUUGGUCCCGGGCAAGAAGAGAUCACUUAACUUUCCUAUAGCAUCUGGUUUUCUUCCUUGUGUCUUUCUUUAAAUUAUUCCCUUUGCCCAAAAUGCUGCUAUCCCCAUCUUCCAUCUCACCCCUUCCUGCAUAAUAUCCAUUCCUUCUAUAUAACUCUCCAAAGACCAGAACAAGUAACCACCACAUCUAUUUUCCUUCACACUUUAUAAAUUUAAAAAAAUAAAAUUAGGCAUUUUGUGAAUGCUCAUAACACUGAUCAUCUUACUUUAUAGUUAUUUGGUUACAUGUUUACCUUCCCUGAUAGAUCCUAAAUGGGAAAUGUAUUUAUACAUCUUUUUGUCUCAUGUAACACCUACCUGAGUACCUUGUAUAUGAAAGGCACCACUAAAUAUUUGAUAUUAUUAUACAUUAUAACUGAAAAAGAGUCACUAUUUUGCCCACUGGAUCCUUGAAUCUGAAGUAAGACUUCAGGAAGAGAACUCUCUAGUAUCUCUCUGUUUCUCUACACAGAAUCACAGCAGUGCACUGCAUGCACACACUUCCAUACUGAUUAACAUUUCCGAUGGGAACGUAGAUUAUUUUAAAUUGCACUUUGUCCUUGGAAAUCAUUCUGUGACUGAUUUGUGGUCAGUAGAGUCUAUUUGGGAUAUUCUAUAUACGAGGGUAGCAGAGAGAGAGAGAGAGAGAGAGACAGACAGAGAGAGAGACAGAGAGAGAGAGAGAGAGAGAGAGAGAGAGAGAGACUGAGACUCUGACACACAUUCAUCAAAUGCUGGGACUCAGGAGCUGCUCAAAAGCAUUGAGUAGAGCUUGUAUCCAGAGACCACUACCGUGACUGAGCCUAACAAUACUUGGAUUGAUCUCUGUGUUGAAAAACCUCGUCCCAAUUCAGGGUCACUAGUCACACCACGUUCUGGCUCCCAAAUGAUGGUCUAACAGGACCGAUGUGUUUAGGAUCUAGCACCGGUAUUUCCCACGCCUGCAGUGACCAUGUCAGGUCAGACUUUGAGGAACUCUGUGUGCUGCUCAUGACUUUGUCUUGAUAAUGCUCCAUUUCUUUCCUGGACUCUGGAUUCUUACCCUCCCUUUAUUUUACAGGAACCCCUUCCCCCAAAGCAAAGAUGAGAGUUGAGGUAAUGUUCCAUUACCUCUGCUCUACACAUUUCAAAUGAAAAUCAGUUGGGAUUUAAAUGUGUUAGUUGAGAGAGAAUUCUAGUCUCUAAACUCUUUCUUUGGAAAUAUGAAGGAAUCUGUUACUAUGAGUUAGAGGACAUCGCUUCUGAUUUUACAGCUCUCCUGUUCUUUCAAUCUCUUAGCCCUGCUUGCUAUUACCCUGGUCUUUGGGUUCUACUUAGUGGUGUGAUCUAUUUGUUCUGGUUAAGAUCAGCUUCCUUUACCUCUCUGAAGAAACUCGCAAAGUUGAUACUGUCCUUUCACUUAAACUGCUUGGGUAACUGAUCAUGUUUUCUUUCCUUCUCCUGGCCAGCCUCCUCUAUAAAUCUCAUUAUGUCAUUGGCCAUGAAUUAUUCUCCUUUGGGAAGCAUCUACUGUCACUGUGUGCUAAUUUAAGCAUACUAUAGAAAACUGAACUAAGUUACAGGCAGUGACAAGUGUCUUUUUCAAAAAAGCAAACAAAGUCUAUUCUUCAUUGAGACAGGAGAGGGUAGAGAAAUUAUUAUUGGCAGGCUGGGGUAAAACUGGUGACAACUUGGGAGAUAUCUAAUAAAAUUUAAAAUAUAAGUCUAGGUGGAUAAUUUUUUUCGAAAGUCCAAUUACAUCUAAUAGUCUUAAUUCUGGGAAUGAGGAUAGUUAACAUUUUAGAGCAAAAUACAUCUCAUCACAUUGCAUUAUGAGGCUUAAAAAAUGAAAAAUAUUCUGAUAAUAGCUAGUACUAAGGUGGUAAAGCAGCCAUUCUCCAAAGAAAGACAUUCACGAAUCUCUGUUAGACCAAAAUCUCAUUCGGUUUUACCCAUGAAGUAUUUCUGUCUAUUUUUUUCCUGUAAGUACCUGUAAAAGAUAAGGGAUAUAGGAGGAAGGAAAAAACAGGAAGUCUGCAAUGGAGCUUCUUCUCAUGUCUAAAUAAAGCUGAGAACUCUUUGGUUACUGGCUUUGGUGGCAGUUUCAGAAAGUAGAGAACUCCCAAAGAGCAAGACCCACACCUGAUGACAUCUGGGUAUCCUUUCCUUUACUCACCUCCUGAGGGCUACCUUCACAACCACUUGUGGAGCGUAGAUUGCUUGGUCCAAUACUAAAAGUUCCAGAAAAAAUUAACAGCUUCCCAGGACAGUGUCAGAAAGAAUUGUACCCACCUUGAGAAGAAUAAGGAUGUGGUUCCAACCGAAUCUGUGCAGUCUCUUUGCAAGGCAUCUGGCUACAGGUUAUCUUUAAAUCCAGAUCCAGGCUCUUUGACUACAGCAUCCGAAGAGCUCUUGGUUUUUACCCUGGGACGAGAGGGAGGGACUCAUCCUACCUCUCCUCUGUGCAGAAUCUGAGCCACCUGGUCAUGAGUCCCCCUGUAUACCCUCUGCAGAAAGAGAAUUGAAGUUCCUGAGCUCCGAUGGGGGUGGGGCCUUGGAGGGUGUGACCACAGGGACAGGGGUGAUGCUUGCCUCUCUUAGAUAAGGACAUUGCCUGUUUCCAGAACAGAUGUUUUUUCCCCUAAAUUUUUUUUUUAAAUAAUGCCUGAAACCUCAGUCCUAUUCAGCAUAGUUUGUGUAGUUAACUGCCAUUGUUACAUUUGAGUCAUAGUUGAUCAUUUCUUUUGAAGUCAAUGGCUAUUUUAGUGUUCCCCUUGCACGUGACAUAAGAAACAUCUGCAAACCAGUGAUGAGGCCUCUCUAUUGCCUCUGGCUGAGUUGUGCUCUCGGUAAUUUAUUAACUGCUUCCAUCUAUUCACCAAAGUAGCCAAACUACACCUAAUUAGAUAGUCUCUUUGCCAUGAGUGUUCUAAGGUCUGCACACACACACACCCACACACACUCACUCAUGCUGAUGUGCAAAAUCAUAAUGACAUCCCAAUUGCUAAUACCACUUUAUGGUUAAUAAAAGUAUUCUUUGAGUACUUUAAGGAAGAGAUAUUACAACUUAUCCAGUUUAUUCUCUCUUCCUCUACCUAGCUGUGGAUCACUGACAUCUCAAGAUUUGACAGAAAUAUACAGGCUUUACCUGAAGGGAGCAUAUUCUUUGUACCGGAACAACCUAGUCACCCUGCCAACCAUCUUGUCUUACCCUAGGAAUCCAUGAAGUCUCUUGAUGUCCAAUUAGUGGAUCAGUGCUAAGAUGGUGGAGAAGCAGAAGCCAGUCUUUCUGAGAACAGACAGUCCCGUCGCUUAGAUACCUUCAUAACCUGUGUACCCAUAUCUACUCUUUCUUUGAAGCAACAUGAGCAGAAGUAGAGAGUCCUGUUCUCAGUGGUGACAGGAAUAGGGGUGAGUGUCUUGUGCGACUAGUUAUUUGUGCAUUCUACUUCUCCCAGAGUCAAGAAGAGGGAAAGUGGCCAGACUUCAUGUAGGAAGGAAAGGAGGAGGGUAAAGAAGCAAAUAGGUAGCGCUUUUAUUGAGAAAAAUAUAAAAUAUUUUAAAAUGCUCCAUCUUUGAUAUGAAUACAAUUGGAAGUCAACCAGGGCACUUAAAGCUGUGUUUUCUUUCAUUACCUUUUCAUUUCUUACAUUGUCUUCUCUUUCUCAGUUUGUAGAUCUUGAGGUAUUUUUGUACCCUAAGUUAGCUCCAAGGAACGCACACACACACACACACACACACAUGCACACACACACACACACAAUAUUAGGAUGAGAAAUUGAGAAAUUGUGUGCACACAGUAUUUUUAGCUUUAUUAAGUUUAUUGGUACAUUUCAGGUAUACAAUACAGUUACAUUCAUCAUUGGGAUCUUGU